AUGGCUGGAGUAGUCGGAACGGCCCACAGCUGCGCAAAUCCAAACACAAACGUCUGGAACUCAAGAGGCAUUUGGAUAUCCUACGUCCUCGUCGUUCUCUUGCUUCACUUCAUUAUUCUUUGCAUUCCAGCGAAAGUACUCACUGUCGAGUGGUGCUGGACAAUAACAAAUGUCGUGCAUUCGAUUCUCAUGUACCUGCUCAUGCAUUCCGUCAAAGGAACGCCUUUCCACACUACAGAUCAAGGAUCCAGUAGAUUUUUGACUGGAUGGGAACAAAUGGACGGCGAAGAGCAGUUCACCGAAGCACGCAAAUUCUUUCUCUCCGCCUCCAUUGUUCUCUAUUUACUCGCUUCUUUCUACACCAAAUACGAGUACGAACACUUCCAGUGGAACACCGCCGCCCUGUUAUUAAGUGUACUUCCCAAGCUCCCACAAUUCCAUCGCGUCCGCGUUUUCGGCAUCAACCGAUACUGA